AUGUCUCACACCAGUUUGUUGGUACAGCCUACGGAGAGGCUAGAAGGCAGGACUCACACUAACCAUCAGUCUGGGAGUGAAUGCAUGAAAGGUGUUGGUAAAAUACAUGAGGAACAUCUGAAGAUGUCUCAGCAGCACCCCCUCCACGGAUUCACUCAGCCGUUGGAUUUUAUUGACGGCCUGGCAGGUCUCAGCUGCCUUUGCUUACUCAGUUGGUACACAGACUGGAUCAAAGAGAAGAUCUACGUGCUCCUUCGUCGACAGGCCCAACAGGCUGGGAAGUAGUUGAGUUGGAAGCAUUAGGGGCUGAGGGUGGGCUUGGAACAGGUGCAUACAGCGUGCUGUAGUGAACAUUUUGUAUGAUAGUAACCCUGUUUCCAUUUUGUUACUAGAGCCAAGAUUGAAUGUAUGACACGAUAGUGAAUGAUCUUUUCAUUCGAAACCACCAUUGCCCCUUUGCUCCUUUUCCUUUCUUUUUUUACUUAAACAUUUUUAUGAUAAUUCAGAGAGAAAGUGUUCUUUGCCAGUUAAGGUUGGUUCCAGUCCUGGAAACUGUUUGUAUCUGCUUUACAGCAGUGAGUGCACUAACCCUUUGUGGGGGGUAGGGAUGGUGACGAGCUUAGUUAUGUCCUCUGGGAAAGUCUUAGUGAAAAAUAAAAAAUGUUCUGUA